CUAUUUGAUCGAUCCCGGAUGGCCCCGAAGACUCCCAUUAAAAAUGAACCAGUUGAUCUAUCAAAGCAAAAAGGCUGCACCCCAGAAAGAAAUCCAAUUACACCUGUUAAGCUCAUUGACAGACCUCAGCCUGACCCCUGGACCCCCACUGCUAACCUGAAGAUGCUUGUUAGUGCUGCUAGCCCUGACAUGAGGGACAGGGAAAAGAAGAAAGAGCUCUUCAGACCUAUAGAAAACAGUGAGCAGAAUGACAUGUCUGAUUGUUUACAGUAUGAUAUGGUAGACGACAGCACGGUUGAUGAAUUUGAAAAGCAGAGGCCCAGCAGAAAACAGAAAAGCUUAGGACUCUUGUGCCAAAAGUUUCUAGCUCGAUAUCCAAGUUACCCAUUGUCAACAGAAAAAACUACUAUUUCUUUGGAUGAAGUGGCUUCAAUUCUUGGAGUUGAGCGGAGACGAAUCUACGAUAUAGUGAAUGUCCUGGAGUCAUUGCACUUGGUUAGCCGUGUGGCCAAGAACCAGUACUGCUGGCAUGGCCGGCACAACUUAAGUCAAACUCUGAAAAGGCUUCAGGAAGCAGGAGAGCAGCAGUAUGGAGAGCUCAUGGCCUUCUUUCAGCACAAGGAGCAAGACCUGGACUAUACAUUUGGAGAAAGGAAAAAGGAAACUAUUCCAGAGUCUCAAGACAGACUGCUGCUUGACUUUUCAGAACCAGAUUGCACCUCUGCAUCUGCAAACAGCAGAAAGGACAAGUCGUUGCGGAUUAUGAGCCAAAAGUUUGUCAUGCUGUUCCUUGUCUCCAAGACCAAGAUAGUCACUCUCGACAUCGCAGCAAAGAUACUGAUAGAAGAAAGCCAGGACACGGUGGACCACAGCAAAUUUAAAACAAAGGUACGAAGACUUUAUGAUAUUGCCAACGUUCUCACCAGCCUAGGCUUGAUAAAGAAAGUUCAUGUCACAGAGGAACGAGGGCGCAAGCCAGCCUUCAAGUGGAUUGGCCCUGUGGAAUUCAGAGGAAAGACAGAUGAGCCAAGAGGGCAUAGCCCAACAUGUGGUCAUCUACCAGAGAUGCAGAGAGAAGCCUGUGCCCCGUGUCAGACCUGUGCUAAUGGAAAGCAAAGAUUCACACGUCAUGCUUCGUUGAAUGGUGUACAGCCUUGUGAAGGUACCAAAAGGAAGGUCAUUUCCGAGCCUAACAGCUCACAUCAAGAGAAGCAAGCAUGUAUUGUGAAUUCAGAUGAAUAUUGUUCCAAAAUGGUAGAUCUGACGACUGUCUGUAGGCAGAAAAUAGAAGAAGCUAACAGGAAUAAAGCUUGUGCUACAGAAACGAUCUUAAAUUCAGGAAGGAACCCAAGCAUAACCUCGCCUUUCUCCCUUCUUCCGGUUCCAGGGGACUCUGAUUUUUGCCUUAAACCUUUGCCUCACGCGUUGUUGCCUGUGGCUCAAUCAGAUGAGCCGUGCCUCUUGCUGCCAAAUGGAGUCAGCAGCCAAGCUCUACAUCCUCCUGCUCCAGCAGCCUCCAAAACAGAAAAUGGAAAACCUACCCUGCUCCCCAACCAACCUUUCCUGUGCUUCCCCUCUUCUUCCCUUUUUAUGUUGUGUGGCAGUCUUCAGGAAAAUGUCUUGAGGGAGAACCACCCCAUUGCAGGAGACAUGGGAAACAGGAGUGCUGGGGAGCAAGACUCACCUCUAAAAGCACAGGGUGCUGUACCUCCAGUUAACUCCCAGAAACGCGGCUCCCACAAGUGCACGUCACCCUCUGCCCCUAUGGACAAUGAAGAGCCUGUUGCUAAAAAGCAGACCAUGGAACAGAGCAAUGUCCCUCUUUCACUUGUAGUACCCGAGAAGCCCUUUGAGUCACCUGAGGCAGAAGCUACCCUGGGAAGCAGCUGUACAUCUGCUGUACAUCUAGAAGCUUUUCAUCUUGACCUCACAGCUCCUGCUGCUCCAGAGGCUGCAGACAAGGAGACUACUAAGUCUUUAGAUUCUCAGGAGCAAGAAAAACCAUCUCAGAACAAAGACCCCGAUGAACCUUCUCCAGGAAAAGAGCACAUCUCUAAAGAAAACACCAAUCAACCCUUCCUACCACAAUAUCUCUAUGUUCAACCUACUGCUGGAUUAAGCAGUUUUAAUUUCCUGUUCUCGGCAAACCAAGCCCCUGGUGCUGUUGGUCUGGCUGCGAGCCAUUUACCCUCUCUGAGCGUCCCCUGUGUUGUGGUGCCAUCAGCAGCCUUGGCUUCCUUCCCGCUUGUCUGUUCUCCCACAAUUCCCAGCCCUCUUUCUCCAGUUCCCGAUGGUUCCUUCUGCGCUGCUGCCUCCAUGAAUUUAAGUAUGUCUGGCGUGGCAUCAACAACGCCUGUUUUCAUAGGCACCACAGCAGUGGUUUCUCCAAAGGUUUCACCUUCAGCAGAUCCCCAGCAACCAGCUCACCCCACUGCGCACUUCAGUCCUGUGCUAGCAAGGUCUUGCAGUACUGUUAAGCUGGACUCCCCUAUGUAUAUGGGGCAUCCUGUGACCCUUCUGAAACUGCAGCAGCCUUUGUCAACUCCCCUCACUCCUAAGAGCAUUCGUCCUGCGCAUCAUGAGGCAUUUUUCAAAACUCCUGGAAGCCUUGGAGAACCUGUUGCAUGGAAAAGAAAUGAAGGCAACCAAACCAGAAGUGGCAGCUCUGUGCAGAGGAGACUAGAAAUCUCUAGUACCUGCACAGACUAACUCCAUUCAUUGCAAAGGCUGGCCAGACUGUCCUAGAAUUCUGUAUCUAUUACAGAAGAGCAAGCAAGCUUUUACCUGACAAGAGGAGCACGUUAAAAUGGCAUCCCUUUUGGCAUGUUUCCCUGCUAUCUAUUCACCUACUAGUUCUGUUAACCUUUUUUUUCACAAGUCAUCCUUACUACUGAAAUACCUUUUAUUUGUUCGUUCAGUACCGAUUUGAAUUUGGAGGCUGUGCUUGGCACAGCCUUGUGGGCAUCAAACUGUAUUUGUGGUUUUAAUUUGGAAAACUCUCUUCAUUGCUGUGAGGAGAUGCAAACAGAUUUCCUUGGAGUCCCCAUGGGUUCUUUAUUCAUGUUUGUAAGUGAGCUGUCAAGCACUUAUCUGGGUGAGCAUUUUUUUUACUCUACUUACCCUGAGUAAAUCUGUGGUGAAAAUAACCUCCUGCAAUUGCAAGAGCAACUACUUCCUUGUUUCCAAUCUGUCAAAUCCUGCCUCAGCAGUGCAGCCUCUUGGUAUUUAUUUUCCACGUUGGAGUGGGAUUUAGUGCAAAGAAGGUUUUUUGCAGCUUCAGAAUAACACACUUUCUCAGGCUACGAUUACUUGAAUGUCAGUUGGUUGUUGUAUUAUUUGCCCAGCACUUGUGGUUAUGAAAACCUAAUAAUAAUUUAAUAACACAGUAUGACUGAAUGUAUACGUGUGAAAAAUGUUAAGACCAAAAUAACUGUGAAUUUUAACACUUUUAUAGUUGUAUUAAUGAACUGUAAUAAUCCUUGGUAUUUUUCUAUUUUUUCUGAGGAAAGAAUUACAAGUUAGAUUUAAAAAAAAAAAAAAGAAAAAGUUCCCAAACCUGAUUCCUAAAUAAGUUUGACAAAGUAAUUGGAGAGUGGUAAGCCACUGAGAGGUCUGUGCUAAGAUUCCAUCUCCCAUUAAAUGUAUGAUCUAGACUUUAUGGCCAAAGAACACUGAGUCAUUAACUCCAUGAUUAGGUUUGGUUUCUAGGGGUCUACUUAAGUGCCUAACUGUUCAUCUAUGGGAAUCUCACCCACUUGUGAAUAGUAUAUUUGAGUGUACUUGGAAAAGAAGGGAGGUCUUGUCUUUUGAUGCAUACCUAUCUAAACUGUCAAAAUAGGCUGAAAAAGAAUGUGAGUCCUAAAUGUUAGAAUUGUGGAGAAAAAGGUCUGUAUUCCUAGUGAGAAGAUAAGGAGGAAGAAAGGGAUUUGUAGCACCUGGUUUUGAGAAUCCUUAAAUAAUGGAUGGAGCUCAUAAUACUUUAGGAUAUAAUUUUAAGGGUUAAUGCUGACCUUGGAUAUGUUUUCACAGGUGUAGCAGACUUCAGUUACGUUUGUGCAGUUUCCUUUGUUUAAAAAAAAAAGGUUUUGCUGUUGACAACAUGUUGCUUUGGAUUUUUAGCAAACAUAGGGCCAGUUCUGCUCGAGUUGGCAAGAACUUUGUAUUGACUGGUACUCGUUUUCGAAAGGUAGAUACAGUCUGUGCUACUGCAUUGGUCUUGAGAGGCUAGGACUUUCUUUGGGGGCUGGGGAUCUGAUGAGGGUUUUAUAUUUUUAUAAUGAAAUGUAUUAUGAAAAUGGAAUUUAAGAAUGAAUUUUAGUGGAACAGCCUUAUAAAGAGGGCUGGUUAGCCCUCACUGAAAGAAAAUGUCUACAGUAGAAUUAUCAUAGGAAAAUUCAGGGGUGAUUAAGAAGUCUCCAGACUGCUAAAUUUAAGGUUUUUUUAACUUAAAAAAAAAACAAAAAACAAAAAGAAAAAUACACUACAGUUGUGAAAGUUUACGAUUAUUGCUUCUGAAUCAUUUCUUCUUAUACACCCACUUAAUUUCACUUCAAAAAGCAAUGUGUAGUUAGCACAGUGUUGCUGAUGCACUUCUACUAGCAUACAUUGGUUUCUGUUCUGGCUAGAAACAGGCUGCUGAGGUUCCAGAUUGCAUGUACAUUCUCCAAACCUUUUCUUUUCUCUCCCCCUCUAGUAUGGGCAACCUUUUAGUGAAAUGGCAGUUGGGAGAAGAGAGGAGGAUUUGAGCUAAUAUUGACUCUUUGCUCUAGUUAAAGCGUCUUUGCGAAAACUGUUCCAUAAUUAACCUAACUAUACUUGAAAAUGCAGGGACUGAAAAUAGAUCUUCAGUUCCUAAUUUCCACUUCCAGUUUUGAGUUUCUGUAAAUACAGUGGGCCUGCUCUCACAGCAAGGUAAAUCAGGAUUGACUGCCUCAUAAUUAAUGCCAGCAGAUGGGUUAUGGUCAUGAAAGCAGAUUUAUGCCUGUGAGAAGGGGGUCUACACGCUGUUCUGCUUCUGUCGAUGCAAAAUUUUCACUGUAGUAGAUGGGGCUGGGGGAAAGGAGUAGGACAACUGCAGCAUUCAGGUGAUGUAGCGAGCAGCACUAAGUGCAGUACCUGAGCCGCUAAAUGAGGCUUGUGAGGGGAAAGAGCUGGUUGUCAAGAGGGAAUGCAUUUCUCUUUUUUCCCUUCUUUGCCUUCACUAAAAGCUAAGAAUUAAAAUAAACUAGUAACAAUUCAUCAGCAAAAUAGCUUUGGAAAAGCAGAAUUUGGAUUUGCACUGAGGAAAAGUGCAUAUCUACGAUGUUCUGCAGGGUUUAUGAAACCCUUUUGUUCCAAAACAGGUGUUGAGGGGGAUGAGUGUAUAACUUAUACUUGAAUCUACCUGUCACGUUUACAUUUCUGAUUAUCAUCUGUAAAUUGGUGCUAUUUCUGUAUUUAAAAAGCUGUAUUUUUAAUGUAAAGCUGCUUCCAGUUUGUAUCUUUGCACUGCUAGUUUAAUAUAGAUAUUAAUUUUAUUGCUGCUUAUAACUGUUCUUCAGUUAUUAGACAUCCUGCUUUUUCUGCUCUCUAGCAAUCUUUAGUUGUUUGCAUAUAA